AUGCACCCCGUCUGCAGGCGUUGUAGCGCUCUUCUCUUCCAGCAGACCCGAACAUUCGCAUCCUCUUCCGUCAACCUCUCUGUCCCAAAGCCAGCGUCAGCAUUCCUCUCCAAGCCGACAUGGUCCGUCGCGUCCCUCCUCCCGCCUUCCACGAAAGCCGGCGCUUCUGAGACCUCCCCGGAAGAACCAAUCUCCAGGGCCAAGCUUCAUCACCUACUCCGUCUAUCUGCUCUCCCGCUCCCGGACACGGAAGCAGCAGAGUCUGCUAUGUUACGCACGCUUCACUCGCAGCUACACUUUGUACGCGACGUCCAGAGCGUGGAAACUACUGGUGUUGAGCCGUUGCGCUCCUUGCGCGAUGAAACGACCGAAGGUGUGGCAGAGGUGACAAUUGGACUUGAAGAGCUACAAGACGCCCUGGGCAACGAGAUUCAAUUCGGUCACAAGAAACGUCCAAAGAGAGUGCGUGGAGAAGAAGUCGACACCAAGGGUGCAGAGGAUUGGGAUCCUCUAAAGACAGCAUCUCGGACAGCUGGAAAGUAUUUUGUCGUUCAGAGCAAGAAGGAAGAGUCAUGA